UCUAGCUCGAAACAUCGAUAUUGGUAUAUUACUUGUCAUACAACACUAUAUUCGACAAUUUAACAAAAGAAAAAAGAGCAUUGUCUGGAUUAAGUCCGAAUUUAAAGUGCAAGAUACAGAACUGCCCCUGCUAUGUCUAUGUCAAAAACGACUAACACCUACAAUCGUCAGAACUGGGAGGAUGCCGAGUUUCCUAUUCUGUGCCAGACUUGCCUUGGGGACAAUCCGUACGUGCGGAUGAUUAAAGAGCGUUUUGGCAAGGAAUGCAAGAUAUGCACGCGUCCAUUCACAAUAUUUAGAUGGUGUCCUGGUGCCCGUAUGCGCUUUAAAAAGACGGAGAUAUGCCAAACAUGUGCGCGCCUGAAGAACGUGUGCCAGACCUGCCUCUUGGACCUGGAGUACGGAUUGCCCAUUCAAGUACGAGACGCGGCGCUCAAAGUGGCUGACAAUAUGCCACAAAGCGACGUUAACAAGGAGUACUACAUACAAAACAUAGACGCCCAGCUGCAGGACGGUGAUGGCACAGAGGCGGCUGGGGCUGUGGGUCGAUCCCUCGCUGCUAACGAAAUGUUGUCCAAGCUUGCGCGCACGGCGCCGUACUACAAGCGGAACAGGCCGCACAUCUGUUCCUUUUGGGUUAAGGGCGAGUGCAAGCGUGGCGAGGAGUGCCCAUACCGCCACGACAAGCCCAACGAGCCGGAUGAUCCGCUGUGUGAGCAAAAUAUUAAGGAUAGGUACUACGGGCGCAACGACCCUGUGGCCGAGAAGAUCAUGAAGCGUGCAGCCUCGCUUCCCACACUCGAGCCACCGGAGGACCGAAACAUCACCACUCUCUAUGUGGGAAACCUUCCCGAAGAGAUCACGGAGCCCGAGCUACGAGAUCAGUUCUACCAGUUUGGCGAAAUUCGAUCCAUUGCGCUGGUGCCACGCCAGCAGUGCGCUUUUGUACAAUACACCAAAAGAAACGCUGCUGAGCUGGCUGCUGAGCGGACCUUUAACAAGCUGGUGAUCCAGGGCCGGAAGGUGAGCAUUAAGUGGGCUCACUCUCAGGCAAAACAGGGCACCGCCGCAAAGACGGACAGACGCUUCGACUUGGCCGCCAUUCCUCCUCCUAGCGCGAAGCCUAACGACUAUUUCAAUCUUCGCCAAGAGCAAAUCAACGUCAUGCCCGCCGGCAUGAAGCUGCAUCAGCUGCCAUCGAAUUUAGUUCCGGCGUCGGCUUACCAAAUGUACGGUCAGCCGACUUAUGCAGCGCCCUACGGCAACGUCAGUUCCACAGCCGCUUCUACCUCGGAUGUGAGUCUCGACUCCAUAUCGAUUCCUCCGCCACCGGGUCAAGUACCUUAUCCUAGUCAGGACGGGAGUCGGAUGGGAGCUGUAAAGAAGUAGACAACCCAAUGGUGAAAAGUGGCUUCAAUAAAAUAAAUCCGUUUUAUAAA